UAGACAAAAUACAUAUGCAUGUGUAUAAUCGGGCGGGUUCGGGUUGGAUAAUGAGAAACCCAUGUCCACCCAUUACCCGCAAUAUUCGGGUUCGGGUUUUAUCCGUACCCACUAAAUGUCUUUCGGGUUUGAGUUUUACCCUACCCGAUUAGGCCGGAUUCAGGCGGCUAUCUACAGUUACAAACAUUUUUGCCAUCCCUAGUUGUCCAGCUCGUAUAACAUAAGUCAAACCUUCUCAGACUCCAUAAUGACUUCACGAGGAAGAAGAAGUACCAACCAGUAUUCGAACCCAGGACCAGCAGCUGCUCUACUCCAUUUAGUAAAGAGGAGAGAGAGCUUUCCUUUCUUUAGCAGUCAUUUCCCCAUUUUUACCAGAGGCAUCUACUCAUCUUUACCAAACUAUCUUUUUUCCAUCAAAAAUCCCAACGAAUAAAAGACACACCACACAUCCCCUCCCACUCCCUUUAUUCACUACCUCCACCACUCCCACACUCUUUCGGCUUUCCUUCCUCCAAAGGAAAAAAAGUUGCAGAGCGACAAUGGCUGCCGGACCGACGUUCCUCUGCUUCCUCACCUUCCUCCUCGCCAUUUCCACCUCCCCGUCCCUCUCCCGCACUCUACCACCUCCCUCCUCAACAUCCCUCGACGUCUCCGCCUCCCUCCACCGAGCUCACCACAUCCUCUCCUUCGACCCUCAAUCCACCACCACCACCUUCACCGAGCUAGAAUCCGAAGAACAAUCCUCUUCUUCUUCUUCCCCCUCUUUCCAGCUCAACGCCUCCUCACCAUUCUCCCUCGACCUCCUCUCCCGACAAUCCGUCCUCAGAUCCAGCCACCCGGACUACAAAUCCCUCACCGCCGCCAGGCUCCGCCGCGACUCCGCCCGCGUCCAGUCCAUCUCCGCCAAGCUCCUCCUCUCCCUCUCCGACUCCGACCUCACCCCUCUCCUCGAUUCCGACCAUUUCCUCUCGCAGUCCGAUUUAUCGACUCCGGUCACAUCCGGGUCGAACCAGGGCAGCGGCGAGUACUUCUCCCGGGUCGGGCUCGGCACCCCGGCCCGAUCCUUCUACAUGGUCCUCGACACCGGCAGCGACGUCAAUUGGCUCCAGUGCGACCCUUGCGCCGAUUGCUACCAGCAAACCGACCCGAUCUUCAACCCGUCUUCCUCCUCCUCAUACUCCCCGCUCUCCUGCAGCUCCCCUGAGUGCGCCGCCUUAGACGUCUCCAGCUGCAGAUCCGACCAGUGCCUCUACCAGGUCAAUUACGGCGACGGGUCCUUCACCUUCGGCGACUUCGUAACCGAGACUCUCUCCCUCGGCAGAUCCGGAUCCGCGUCGAAGAUCGCCCUCGGGUGCGGCCACGACAACGAAGGCCUCUUCGUCGGCGCCGCCGGCCUCCUCGGCCUCGGCGGCGGGCCUCUCUCCCUCACCUCCCAGAUCCGAGCCUCCUCGUUCUCCUACUGCCUCGUCAACCGCGAUUCCACCUCUUCCUCAACCCUGGACUUCAAUUCCGCCUUCCCCGCCGACUCCGUGACGGCGAAUCUGAUGAAGAGCAGGAAGGUCGACACGUUCUACUACGUCGCCCUGAGCGGGAUGAGCGUCGGCGGGGAGCUGCUCUCGAUCCCGGCCUCGGUCUUCGAGCUCGACGAGGCCGGGAACGGCGGGGUCAUCGUCGACUGCGGCACCGCCAUCACGCGCCUCCAGACGCAGGCCUAUACGUCGCUCCGCGACGCGUUCGUGCGGCUGACGCCGCACAUGAGGUCGGCGAGCGGGGUCGCGCUGUUCGACACGUGCUACGACCUUUCUGGGAUGUCGAGCGUGAAGGUGCCGACGGUGGCGUUCCACUUCGGCGGCGGGAAGUCGUGGUCCCUGCCGGCGUCGAAUUACUUGAUCCCGGUGGACGGGGAGGGGACGUUCUGCUUCGCGUUUGCUCCUACGACGUCGUCUCUGUCGAUCAUUGGGAACGUGCAGCAGCAAGGGACGCGCGUCAGCUUCGACCUGGCGAACAGUCGCGUGGGCUUCUCCACCAAUAAAUGUUAAGAGGAAAAGAAGGGGAAAUAAUUAUUUUUUUACUUUCGUACCGUUAUAGCUAUCGCUCUUCCUGGUAAGUGUAAGUUGUUGCUGUGUCAUUCAGUAAACUAGUAAAAAAGGGAAAGGUAAAAAGUUCAAAAAAAUUGAAGCCUAUAGGAAGAAGGAAAGGGAAAGUAGGGUUUGCUUAUUAAUUGUGUAAUUUAUUGUUUGGUGGGCCGAAGAAGUAAAUGUAAUGUGAUUGGAUUGAAGGCGAGAGCUUUGGUUUGGUGGGUUCUUGCUGGAUCAUAAUUGUAAGUAGGUCCAAUUCGAGCCGCUCAUCAGCGCGAUUCGACGUUCGAUUCAGGAAUACUCGAUUCGUUCAAUUUAAAGUUGAGUUUGUUAACUUGCGAGACGGACUGAUUCAGUGAUUUGUUAAGCUAAAUUCGUAAAUUGUUUUAACUUCACGAGGUUGCUCGAUGGUUUGGAUGGUGAACUAGCUCCUGUAGUGAUAUAUAAACAAGGGCAUAGAUAAGGUGGUGGUGGCAAUUCAUGGUAAAUUGUUUGGGGGAAGUUGGGGUAGUUUUGGUAAUUUGAUUUUUGCAUACGAAAUGGGAAUCCAAGAAAAGUAAAGUGAGAGGAGCAACGCAGGGCGGACCCAGGGGGUUUUAGGAGUGUCUCCGGACACCUCUAAAUUUUGGGAAUACGAUUAUCCAACUCCCGGUGGUAAUUUACGUAUGGACAAAAAAAAAAUUAUAAUUGAUAGUGAGAGACACCGCUGAAAUUUGAAAACAUGAUUAUCUUACUGUCAUUUGUGUAUAGGAAUAUAAGUGGUAGAUUGGGUAAUUCAAAUCUAGAACACUAUUCUUAUUAAUAAACUUAAUUUUCGUUGACCUACAACUCAUUUGUUGUUCGAUUUUGAAAAAUGUAAUAGUAAAAUGUCAUUUCCUGUCUCUAAUUAUUUUAAAAACCUAACAAUUAAACUAAUUUCAAGCUACCCUUAAUACGGCAAGUGUUGAAAGAGUCUUUCAGCUUUGGGUUACAUCGAGAACAAGUUUACAAAUCGAAUAUGCGAUAAGUUCGUGAAUGAUUGUCUAGUAGGGUAUAUAGAGACACAAUUUUUUUAACACUAUAGACACCAAGUGUAUUCUACAAUUAUUUUCGAAUAUGAAACUUUUUUAACCUGUACAAGUAAGGUAUUUUCAAAUUUACGAUUUUAUUUUUAUUUAAUUUAUUUUUAAAAGAGAACACCCCUGUGAAAAAUUUCUAGGUCCGUCACUGGAGCAACGGUAAGUGGGUGGUGGUGGUGAAAAAUAAAAUAGAGAGGGAGGGCUUUGGGGGGAAACGGACGUGAGGGAUUAAUUGUGGUGGGGUUGGGUUUUGUUUGGCAUUGGCGGGAGGGAAAAAGGGAAUGGAUGCAUGUCUGACACGUGGCUCGGCUUAAUUCACGGGUCGGGUGUAGGGUUUGUCUGUCUUUUCAUACGUACGUUACGUAUGUGGUUUCAUUGACCUGGCAGUCAAAGUGAAAUAUGGUUUUUUUUUAAUGUUAAUUUAAUUAGGGGGUGCUAAUUGGUUUGAUUUGGGUAAUCACUAAUUGAUUUGAUGGUUAGUAGUUAUCACUAAGAAAAAAAAAAUGCUUACAGAAAGCUGAUAACGGGCUUAUCGACUAAACGUUUGUUAUCUGUUUGGUUAGCGGUUAGUUUGACGGUUAACUACUAAUCAAUAACAGAUUCCACACGUGAUAUUUUUCCUUUUCUUAUUUUGAAAUUCCAUACGGUGUACUUUGUAAUAAUAAAAUGUAACCAUAUAGAUAAUUGAAAAAACAAUUAAGUUGUUUACAUAGAAUAAUAAUUAUAAGAAAUAACAUCAAUACAA